AUUGAUUAAAAUAUGGGUAGAGCUAUUUAGUAUUUACUCAUUACUGACUGCUGUCGCCUGUCACUAUUGUUAUUCAUUACUAUAGUCUACACCCAUUUCGUCUACCUACUACUGAUAAUGACGAAAGUAUCUUUUUCGACGUUGGCGUAUUGUAAAAUUGUCGCCCAUGCAGCCAAAUAUCCUCAUUGUGAAGUAAACGGCCUACUGGUUGCCGAAAACUCGACCAAGGGCGAUAAAUUGGUUAUAGUGGACACUGUUCCAUUGUUCCAUCAGUGUCUUCACGUGUCUCCGAUGUCAGAGAUCGCUUUGAUGCAAAUCGAUCAAUCAGCCAGUACAUGUGAUAUGUACAUUGCUGGAUAUUAUCUAGCCAAUGAGACGUUGGAUGAUUUAAGUUAUGAUAAACCAGCCCAUAAGAUUGUGGAUAAGAUUGUUGAACAUGAGUCAGAUGUCUGUAUGGUUGUGAUCAAUAAUCGAUUAAUGGAGUUAAAUCAAAAAGAAAGUGCACUAAUAGUGCAUACACAAGAUGAUGGAAAAUGGAAACGUUUGAAUAACUCAAACGUACAAAUAGAAAAUGUAACACUGGCAGCUGCAUCAGCUGUAUUACAACAACAGUUAUAUAAUAAUUUGGUAGAUUUUGACAAUCAUUUGGACAAUUUGUCUUUAGAUUGGCUCAAUGCCGAAUUUUCUAAUUGUGUGGAAAGAACAUCGGGACAUGACAUAGGAAGAAGGCUGAUGAUCAAUAAAUCAGUUUCUUGACAAUUGGAAUGGGAUGAGGGAAUGAAACAAAUUAAAUUUUGAUAAAUUAAUUUUAGAUGAUUAUCAAAAAUUUUUUAUUUUAGUUCAAUUAUCAAGU